UUGAUAGUGUUUAUAUUAUUUCUUUUAUAAUAAGUGUCCCGAUAAUAUGAAACUUUUAUUACGUUUGCUGUGAUUAAAUCUUUGACAGUAUUAAAAAUUAAAUCAAUUAUCCAAAAUUUUACAAUACAUCCAACUAAUCGAUAAUUAUUAUGCAUUGAAUAUAAAAAUAAGAUAUCUACAUUUUGACUCUGUACUCAUACAUCACUACUGUAAUUUAAAUUUGAAAUCAUUCAUGUACUCUCAUUCAUUCCAAUUGUAAUGCUAUAAAAUAAAAUAGUGUUUAUUAUACGAAAUACUGAUCAUAAUCGCUAUCUCUAACUGAUAAUUCUUACAAUAAUAAUUUGUUAUGGGGAAAAGAGAUAGCUCUAGUUGUUUGUUGCCGGUUUUUGUUGAAAUGUGUGAUUAAGUUACAUAUUACUGUGUAGAAUUUGUCUUCUUGCCGUAGCGUUUUAUGUUUGUUUUUAUUUUAAAAUUCCUUGUUAGAUGUGAAAUAUGUGCUUUUUGGUGGUAUUGAAGUAAUUAAAAUAAUUUUUCGUUAGUGGUUUACAAUUAAAACAUGUAUCGACCAUUAGAAGUACACGGUGACAGCAUAAACUCUGUACAGCAUGGCGGAGGAGCAGGCGUGGCUGGUGCGCACGCGCUCCGACUCUGAGAGCUCGUCCAAGCUCAGUUUCGGCUCCAUAUCGCGCACUAUGACAUACACCGAGCACAGGCUUGCGGGCGAAUGCACCGAUGGUGCAGGCGAGCCCGGGAACACAAUAAACAUGGCCGCCAGUCCGCCAGACAACGUGCCAGAUGGGAACGAGAGCGGUGAGCUGUUGGACUACAAUGACGCGAGUGUGCUAGAGCAGUUCCACGAGGAUGCACUUAGACAGGCCGGGUGCGGAGUGGCGCAGGCGCGCGUGGUGGUCGCGUCGGCGCUCGCGCUCGCCGGCGCCGCGCUGGAGCUGGCCGCCAUACCGUUCGUGCUGCCCUCCGCCGAGAUAGAGCUCUGCAUCCUACCGCACGAGAAAAACUGGCUCGUGAUGAUAAGUCUAGUGGGCGGUUCGCUGGGCGCGGUGGGUUGGGGCAUGCUCGCCGAGCGGCUCGGCCGCCGCCGUGCGCUGCUCUCGUGCCUCGCCGUCAACGCCGUGUUCGCGGCCAUCGCAGCCUUCAUGCCCACCUAUGGGACCUUCAUGAUGGCCAGGUUCUGUUCGGCGAUCGGUUCGGGCGGCGCGGUGGUGACGAGCUUCACGUACGUGGCGGAGGUGUGCAUGUCGCGCUGGCGGCGCGCGGCGCUGGCGGCGGCGGCGGCGGGGCUGGCGGCGGGCGCGGCGCUGGCGGCCGCACUGGCGCGCGCGCUGCUGCCCAGCACGGGCGCGCUGGCGCUCAUCGAGAACAAGGAGCACUUCAGCGCUUGGCACAGAUACCUGUUGCUAUGCACUCUGCCGAUCCUCGCGUCUUUGAUCAGUUUGAUCUGGACGCCAGAAUCCCCGCGGUACCUGCUCGACGUCGGGCGGGAAGUUGACGCUAUGGUGGUCUACCAGAGCAUCCACAGCAGCAACCAGCGGCGCGGCGGGCGCGGGCGCGGCGGGCGGCGCGGGGGCGAGGCGGCGGCGCGCGCGGCCGAGCUCGCGCUGCCCGGCAAGCGCCGCCCGCCCGCGCUGCACCACGUGCGCCACAGCGUCAAGAUGUUCUGGCAGGCAUUCUUCCAGCUGUUUUCGACAACGUACAGAACUACGACGCUCUCGCUUGGUGGGGCGUUGCUGUUUUCCACAGCAAUACAAUUCUACCUAUCAUCGUACGUACCAUCAACAGUCGUCGCCAUGGAGAGCGAAGAGUUCGAAGCGUCCAAACGCAUCAUAGAGAACCGUACGCUAGUAGACGAGCACUACAACGGAACACUAGAGAACGUUCACUACCUGAACGUGUCGUUCGUCAACUGCACAUUUCGUGACAUGCUGAUGUCACACGUCGCGUUCAAAAACUGCUCGUUCGCAAACGUAGCGCUGUCUAAUAUAAAGACGUCGUACGCCACUUUCGAGGGCUCGCUGUUUGUUAAUAGCACUAUAAUCGACACGGACAUGGAGGUGGGGCGCGAGCUGGACGCGUGGUGCCGCCUGGAGCGCACGGUGGUGCGCGGCGUGCAGGGCGGCUGCGCGCGCCACGCCGACCUCACGUCGCGCCUGCGCGGCCCGCUCGCCGAGCUCGGCUACCAGGCGCACGCCGCGCUGCUCGCCGCCGUCGCCGCGCUGCUGCCCGCCCGCCUCAGGCCCACCGUGGGGCUAUGCAUAGCGUGCGUGCUGCUGUCACCGCUGCUGUACAUAGCGCAGACUGAGACAAUGCUGUACGUGGUGGAGGCGGUGUACCGGCUAUUCGUCAUGCUCAUCUUCUUCAACGUGGCGGUCGGCGUCGUCGACUUGUACCCGGCCAACCUGAGAUGUACAGCGCACGGCGUGAUCGUGAGCGUGUCGCUGGCGGGCGCAGCGCUGGUGCGCGGGUGCAGCGCGGGCGCGGGCGCGGGCGCGGGGGGCGCGGCGCUCGCCGCCGUGCUGUGCGCGCUGCUCGCCGCCGCCGCCACGCUCGCCGCGCUCCCCACGCACUGAACCACAACCAGCCCGGCACAGAAGACGGCCAGGUAUGACGGCCGGUGGUGCCCGUGGACUGGACGACGUAAUACUACUAGCAUGCCUGCCUGCAAACCUCCGGACCUGAUAGUAUAAUAACAUCUAAACGAAAACGCGUUCAAAUUCAGUUGAGCCGUUUCGUUCCCUUAAAAGGAUAGCAAUAAAACAAUUAUCGAAGAACAAUUCGCUCGAUCUAUGUAAAAGUGCGGGCCGGUAUCACUUCAAACCCAGCCACACGUCAAUCACGAUCUUGCUUGAGUUUCAUAAAAUUUCAAUGGUUGUGUCGAUCCAUUAACUGAAGUUUAGGCCUUAGAACGAUAGAUUUCGUCGUGGGUCAUACCGCAAAGCAUUACCACAAUUAAUGUUUCUAUGUAUUAUCGCCUACUCAACAUAUUUUAGGCCCGAUACUAUGCGACGUGACCCGGUUGAGAGACAGUUUGCAUUUAUUAUAUGUUGAUAACGUGUUGUAACUUAUAUCUCAAUAGUAGCUUUUAUACCGAACUCAAUGUGACUAUAAAAUAUGUUUAGUCACAAGUCUAUGAACUCCGAAUGACAGUGACUAUAACUAGUAAUUAACACCCUUAUUACAUUUCGAGUAAACUACAUUAUCAGUAUUUAAUAUUAACGAACCCUAUAAAAUAUAUUUUGUUGUUAUAGCUUAUAGAAAUAAAAUUCGUAACCAUAAAAGUUAUUAACCAGUAUGACUCUUUUGUGAGUUUAGAAUUUGUUAAUUAUUUUUUUCCUAUUUCUCAAAUAGAAACAAUUUGCAGUCCCUGUUUAGAAAAGACAUAUUAUGAAAUGACAAAAAAGUAUUGAAAAACUAUAGUUUUACUAAUUAACAUAUUUUUAAAAGUCAAUACUAACAAAUAUUUACUUGCCACGUGAAUACGAACCAAAGUGAAAUGACUGAAGAACGAUACUCAUUCCCAUUUUAAAACACAAGUGUGACGUCCAGUGUAAUUAUUUUUUAUCUAUUAAAACUACUAAAAAAUGUACAACAUUUGUAAAAGAGAAUACGUAUAUUUUCCCACCACAAUGUUCGAUGUAUGAAAACAUUUGAUGUGUCGAAAUAUUUUGGUAUCGUAUCUUGUGUAAUCGGCGGUAGAUACCUCCAACAUCUAAUGACAUAUUGACUUAUUAAUCAUCAAAAUGUCCUUUUGAUAUGAACCCGUUUCGAGAUUUAUAAUAAUUGUCAUAAAUCACUUCGCAAUACAUUUUUUUAAAAAUAUCUGCGACUACAGCUUUUUUUAAUGCUUUUCCUGCAGAAUUUUAUACACUAAUGAGUAUUUACCACACAAACCAUGAUACACAAAACCCCUAGGUAGUAUAGCUAUGAUUAACUUCAGAAGUAAUUUUAGCCAUUACAAUAAAGUAAUUAAUAAUGAUUGUUGAGGACUAUACAAUGCUAAGUCCUUAAUAUUUUGAUUAAUAAUUGGGAGCUUGAUUGGAUCUUUAAUAUUUCAAAAUAAGCAUAUAUAUCUUACUAUAAGGUUUUGUCAGGCAUCUUAUAUUUUUUGGGACUUAACAUUUUAUACCUGUCGUGUAGUAAUAAUAAUAAUAGUUUAAAACCGACUGAAUUACUUCUUUUGAACGUUCAAUAGUGUUGCCAUAUAAAUGUUUUUAUAACGAAGUAGAAAAUGGUAGAAUUAUUAUAUAGCUUUUCAAAAUGGUAGAUUUUCACUUGUAUUAAAGUAGAGGAUUAUAAUUUAAAGUGCUAAUUUUCACUGGAUAUUUAAGCGUCAUGUAAACUCUAUAGUGCUUUUCAGUUAAAUAAUUUAAGGAUUCAUGCCAUGAUACUUAUAAAUACUGUUUGAAAAUGUAUUAUAGCGUCUUUAAGUUCAUAAAUAUAUAAAUCAUAAACGAUGCUGCCACAUUUAAUUAAUAUAACUAAUAAUCUAGUUCAAAUGGAUAAACAUCAAAAUCUUUAUUUUAUUUUUUAGAAAAACUUGUCCAACUUGCUAGAAGUACCAUAAACUUUAGUUCUUUGUUUACUAUAGUUUUAAUUUCUGUAAUAUAGGUUAAUAAGGAAUAUGGUAUUUAAAUUAAAAGUUAAAAUAUGUAAAUGAGGUGAAAUAAAAAAAUAUAUCCAUCUUAUGCCCCUGGUAAUAUAGCGCAAAUUACAAUAAUACCACAUAAUGCGACUAGAUGAAGAAUGACGAAGUUGAACAUAUCGUAUGAGAUGAAGGAGACAAUGGUUGUAUUAUUUUUUCAGUUCGUAAAGUUAGAAUAACAUGAAUGUACCGAUUGACUAUAUACAACAGAUAAAUACUAAUAUUUGUUCGGAUUUUGAUAGAAAAAGAAUUUGAUGAAUAAGCGGAUUGAGAGGCCUUGGGUUCAUAUCAUACUGUUGCUUAAAUCGCACGCGUGUUCCGGGCUAAUAAUCGUUGCAAGUAAUGAUUGUGUGUUCCAUGCAGGGGCCACAAGAAAUCCUGAUGUGGGAUUCGCGGCCAACGUUAGUAAACGAUCUGAAUCCAUAACUUCAGAUCAACUGCAAUAACGAACCAAUCAGAGUAGGUCAUUUGCAGCAUAUUGUACACUUAAUUCGGGUUGGUCUAUUUUAGCUAUGGUUUCGAAUCGAUUGGUAUCGUUUAUUGAAAUCGGAAUAAGCUAUUGUUGCGUGUUAUGUAACAAGGCUCAAUCGGUACUGUAUUGAACUAUUAUUGUCGAAAAAUCACGUUCGAUAAACAAGAGGCUUUCGCCAUAUUUUGUAACAAAAUGUUCAAUCACAUUUUUCUGUACUAAGUUACUGUAAAUUAUGAACGAAAUUUCUUAAUGGGGUAUAUAAAGGUAAUCAAAUACCUCGUCAGCUUGCAGUGAGCAUAAGUAAGUAGUACAAAAAUGUGUGAUUAAACCAUGAAGUAGUAAUAAAUUAGCUGUAGUAUUGCCAUAUCGUUUAUUUUAAGUGAUAUCAUAGACUGCUUUUAGUUUAUAAAUUUAUUUUAAAGACAUUUUCUUUCAUAUACUCAUAAAGGAAAUAAGGUUUAUGCACCUAUUUAGUAUAAUAUAGAUUCCCAAAAAAAUAUAUGUAUUGUAUUUUGUAAUUUUUAAGUUUAAAAUAUUAUUAUUGGUCAAUCAAUAAUAGCAAUAUAUUUGUUGUAUCAUUGAUUGCACUAUUGAUGCGGUAAAUAAUUCGUAAAGGAUUGGGUAUUAUUUAAUACUUUUAUACCAAUUUGGUAGGUUCUUGGCAGGUUGGUAACAUCUGUCUAUGGCUUUUGAAAAAGACUUCAUUAUACUUCGGUGUUUGCAAUGAAUUUUAAACAAGAAUGGAUGGGGCUUUAACGAUGAAAAUAAUGUGUAUGCAAAAGGAGUGGAAUAUUAUAAAAUAUCAUUUAAAAAGCAUAUUUAUUGUAUAUUCGUCAAGAUGGAAAAAUCUAGUAAUGAUUAUAAUUGAUCUCAAUAAUGUUUCAGCAAAAUCUUAUUAAUAAACAUAAUGAUGGGUGUUCAUCAUAUAAUGUUGUAAUUAUUGUAAUCGAACAGAAAAUUUUAUAUUUUGAUUAGAUUUUCAAAAACUAAUGCAAAUAAAAAUAAUUCUAAUAUUAUGAGGAGGCUAUAUUUAUUCAAAUUGGUAAUGAGAGGUAAGUUUAUAUUGUAAUUCUAAUAGGCCACUUCGAUUUGAUUUCGCAUUUACAAUAUAAAGGGUCAAAGAAAAGGUUAAUCCACGCAAACACUAGUCAAUUCCUUAAAAUUCUAUGAAUUUAUGCAAUAAAAAAAUAUCAAAAUUUAUUGUAUGGCUGUACAGUGGGCGUUUGAUGUUUUGGGAUAAGAUGUAUAUAAAAUUAUGAAUAUUGGUUGUGUAAUAAACGUAAUUUUUUUAUCAUCCGUAGAUAAUUUGUAUUUUAAGAAUUGAAGUAUGUAUAACAUUAUAAAGGAGAUUGGGUCAUUAUGAGACUAUUAAUAUUUUCAUAAAAAAUUGUUUCCUUUAAAUUGGAACACUUAUCAAAACUUUCACAGUCUGCAUUUUUAGGCGACAUAAUAUAUUUUUCCUUUCCAAUCAAUAACUAUGUAAUCAACUAAUAUAAUAUAUAUUUCACUGCGUCCCGUACCAUACUAUUGUCUCUAAAUACCCUUUCUCCUGCCAAUCGCUUUAUUUCUAAUAACCAAAGCUAUAAAUUCUGUCUGAUUGAAUAUACUCGACGUACAAAAAUACAAUCAAAACCGUUUACAAGGAUACAUAAAAGACAGGGCUGAUAUGAGAAUGGCAGUAUAUAUACAGCAAACAUAAGUAUAGCUCACUAUAACAAGGUUCUAUGCUUUACUAUACUAUAUUUAUUUCAGUAAAAACUUCCAAUAGUCCCAAAGGGUACAUAAAUAGGGAAACAUGACAAUUUGUUUUAAAAAAUUUACCAACAUGUUUUUUUUUUAAUAUCAUUUUCUGAUAUGAGUAAAAGUUAAUAUAGGAGCUUGUUAUAGUAAGCCAGUGAAAUUUAUACAUAACUGUUUGUCACAAAUUUCAUAUUACUCAUCCGCUUACGUAAAAGUGUCGUCGUGAUCGGUUUUGGUAGAACUUAACAAAUAUAUUUUAUACAUAAAUAUACAUAGUGAAAUUUAAAAACCCAGUAAUAUCCAUUUAUCAGCUAUGGAGUAUUCAAUGAAACUUUUUUCGGUCAUAUUUGGAUAUAUCUUUGGUUCUAGAUCUCUGCCAGUAAUCAGACAAUAUUAUAUCUCGGCAGUGUUAAGUGCCAUCUCUUAAUGUUAUCGAAUUAAACUUAGCGUAUGUCUACUUCUAAACGUUUAAUAUGCGGUUUGCAUUUGCCUUAAAAUCUGCUGCUUAUAUCAGAUUAAGCCAAAUAUGAUCGAUAAAAGUUUAGUCAAAUACCAAAGGUACGAUGUUGAUUGUACCAGAUUGUAAAGCUUUCAAAACAAUGUAUAUUAUUUUCACUGUACACUUUAUGGGUGGGUAUUCAUAAUAUAAAAAAAUACACUGUUCCCUAUCUUUAAUACCAUUUUUGCCAUAUGUUUAUUUUGUGAGCUACGUUUAAUUGUUUCUAGUAAAAUAUCGAUAAUAAUUAAUUAAUGAGGUGUAGAAGUUUUAUGAAAUAAGAUAAAAAUAAAUUGUGACUUGGACUUUAGACCCCAUGAAUAGAAAAAUAGGCUGUUAUAGGACCUUCAAAGUAUCUUUUUAAUACAUAAAACCAGUAAAUAUGAAUUAUUAUUGCUGGGAAACAUAUUCCCGUAAAAGUAGUUCCCGUUUCAUCGUAAACUACAAUAAUUUUUAUUUUUAUUAAAAAUGUUUUCCAUGGCCGAAGUCACAAUUUAUGAUAAUAAACUAAGUAACAAUAUAACGGGGCGAUGCCAAUGUUAAGGAAAUGAGGAAAUGUUAUCGUUUCAUAUCGGGAAGAGACUGAAUGUAAAGGAGCAAAGUAUGCGAGAGAAUAAGUAAGGUGUGGUGACACACAGAGAAUUUGACGUACCUAAGCAUAUCUAAAAGAUUAUUAAAAGUAGAGAUUUUUCUAAAUGAAUUCGCGAUUUUGUCUGCGGCGCCUGAUUAAAAAUAAGGGCCAGGUUAAUCUGUAUUCUCAUUUUUUUUUAUCGAAAUAAUUUCACUAUCUUUUUGUAGUUUAUUUUUAUAAAGCAAUACUCGUUUUGGGUACAGACGAUUAUAUAAGUGUUAAUUGAAAAGUUAAGAUUUCUCUUAGAAGUAUUUCUUGCAAAUCUUACAUUGAUAUGCGUACUAUUCACUUUUAGCUUAUAAUGACAGCUAUAAAAAAGUAUUCUUUUCAUUUACCAAAACGUUAUUUAUGUUUAAUGUAUUUUCUUUGUAUUUAAUCAGACUAGAGCAUUUACGCAUCCAUAAUAAUUGUGACACUAAAUAAUAUUUUACGUCAAUAUUGGCCGAGGCAUGAGAGUGGCGUCGCGUAUCCAAAACUGACCGUAUGUAACAAAGUAGAAGGUAAUGUUUUGUAUGAGGAGAAAAAUCGAUGUAGCAAUUUUGGUAUGGUUGAGAAGUUUCGGUGGGAGAUUAGAGUGUAAACCAGAACUAGUAUAAGGGUCUAGAGGUUAUAUAGACAUACUUAGGUAUGUGUAAAGCGUCAAAUGUUAUAUAAACUUUCAUUAUAUUCCCUGGCCCGCUGUCUGGUUCCAUAUCUGAAUGAAAAGUGGGUAAUUUAAAAUUAAAAUCGACGCAUACUUUCCGGCACCAGACUAUCUUAAGUUAUACGCCACAUAGCAUAAGACCGUUUCUCCAAACAUAUUGUAUAUUUUGAGAUAAUAAGGGGUCGUUGCCAAGAUGCCUUUCUAAAAUCGUUAACGCUAACGUUAUGUAUGUCUUUCGCAUAUAAUUUUUCUGUUUUCUAAAAGCGUUAACGAUUGUAGAAAGGUAUCUUGGCUCCGGCCCUUGUUGCUAGUAUGAAAGUGUGCGUCAACCUUAAUGUGGUAAGAAUGUGUGUAAACGCCGUAAUAUUGUUAUGUAGAGUUGUGUGUGUAGACGUAUAGACUGAAUAUGUAUCGGGAAAUAGCGACGUGUAAAUAUACUCGUACCAAUAAAUACAUUGAUAUUUACAAAUAA